ACGAGCGUAAACGCAUUACGUAAAUCCGCACAUGCGCAGUGACUUCCCUCAAUCAGUCCUUUUUAUGCCUAGCGUUGAACGACUAGCAUCAACGAGCAACAAAAUGCAGCUCUUCUUGCGUGCCCAGAGUACUCACACCCUUGAGGUGACCGGACAGGAGACUGUCGGACAGAUUAAGGCCCAUGUCCAGGAUCUGGAGGGUCUCCUGGUUGAGGAUCAGGUGCUGUUGCUUGCUGGGUGCCCUCUGGAGGAUGAUGCCUCCCUGGCAUCCUGUGGCGUCUCAGAGCUCUGCACCCUGGAGGUAGCUGGCAGGCUGCUGGGAGGAAAGGUUCACGGCUCCCUGGCUCGUGCCGGUAAAGUCAGGGGACAGACCCCCAAGGUUGACAAGCAGGAGAAGAAAAAGAAGAAGACUGGCCGCGCUAAGCGUCGCAUCCAGUACAACAGGCGCUUUGUGAACGUUGUGCCCACCUUCGGAAAGAAGAAGGGACCCAAUGCCAACUCCUAAGUGCUUUAAUGCCUGAAAGGAGAAACAUGGUCACCCCUCAUCAGUUUCUACCAAGUUCAAUGUUAUCUUUCUGUACAGAAUAAACUGUUUGGCUUGGACAAAAAAAAUC